AUGCAUGCCGACAGACCUCCGUCUGCGCUUGCACGCAAGACGGCACGCAGUGGUGGCCGUGUGCCGUGCUGCGCCCAUGGGCCGUGCCAAAAGGCCGUGCCGCGUGCCGUGCCACCGGCCCAUGGGCCGCCUGGCCAUAUAUACUUCCCAAAGUGCAAGCAAAGGUACAGAGCUGAAGGAAACCAUGGGACAACUGGGUUUAAGAACCAUUUGAAGUCGCAACGCAGUAUUGUAAAAGGACACCAACAGCUCAAAGUUGGUAAGGACCCUGGUACUAAAAUUACUCAUGUUCAGCCCUACAAAUAUGACCAAGAAGUUAGUUUGCAGAAAUUAAAUUUGGCAAUAACCAUGCAUGAAUAUCCUUUCAACAUAGUUGAACAUGAGUAUCUUGUUGAUUUCAUAAAGUCUCUCCGUCCUAAUUUUCCGAUUAAGUCAUGUAUCACUGUUAGGAAAGAAAUAAUGGAUAAAUAUUUGGAAGAGAAGGAAGUUUUGUAUGCGUACUUGAAAACUAUGCAGUGCCGCUUUAGUGCAACCAUGGAUAUGUGGACCUCAUGCCAAAACAAAGGAUACAUGUGUGUCACAAUUCACUGGGUAGAUGAUGAGUGGCGUAUGCAGAAGAGAAUUAUUGGUUUUUUCAAUGUGAAAGGAAGGCAUACCGGUGCAAAGCUGUCAGAAACAUUUACUGAAGUUAUGGUUAAUUGGUACAUUGAGAAGAGAUUGUUUGCCUUGACUUUAGAUAAUGCUAGUUCCAAUGAAGUGGCUGUUCAUGAUAUAAUUUCAGAUCUGAAAGAUAAUGAUAAUGGCUCUCUAGUUUGUGAUGGGAUCUUUUUUCAUGUUAGAUGUGCCUGUCGUAUCCUCAAUUUGGUUGCUAGAGAUGGGUUGAAAGCAAUUUCAGCAACAAUUACCAAAAUCAAAUCACUUGUGUUAGCUGUGAAAGGAUCUCCAUUACAAUGGGAAAUGCUUUUGAAGUGUGCCACUGAAUCUGGAUUGGACACAAAGAGGGGUAUCUCAAUGGAUGUGUCGACUAGGUGGAAUUCUACCUAUCUCAUGCUAAGAGAUGCUUUGUACUACAAGCAUGCUUUUGUGAGGCUGAAGUCUGCAAAUCAUCGUAGGUAUGACAAAAUGUCUCCCUCACCUGCUGAAUGGGACAAGGCAUUUACACUUUAUCAAUGCUUGAAGAAAUUUUAUGACCUCACUAAAAUUCUGUCCGGUACUUCAUAUCCUACUGCAAAUUUGUUUUACAAAGGUUUCUGUGAUAUAAAACUCAUGCUUGAUGAAUGGUGCUUUAGUGAUGAUGCCACAAUUAGUGCAAUGGCAAUUGCAAUGAAUGAAAAGUUUGAGAAAUAUUGGCAGCAGUCCAACAUUGCGCUUGCUGUAGAUUGUUUUCUUGAUCCUAGAUAUAAGAAAAAGCUUAUUGAAUACUACAUGAGGAAGUUCUAUGGUGAUGAGUAUCAAGUUAAACUUGAUGAGUUUGUUAGUGUGAUAAAGAAGUUGUAUCAGUUUUAUGCUAGUUCGGCUAAUGCAACAUCAAAGAAGAAAAGUAGCAGAAACCGGACCUAG